UUAGAACAUUAGAACAAUAGUAUAAUUUCCCAAAACAGAUGACAGGAGAUCAAACCAAUGACCCAAAUAGUCAUUUAGGUCAAUCAACAAUUGUUUGUACAGUGAUAAUAUCUGCCACACAGUCACUUCCCAGUCACUAUUAACUUAGACGAGCAAUGGUGAUCACUUGUUCUGUAAACUUAUAAAAUGGCCACAGGAGAGGCCCUAAAGCUGCAUUUCAUGAGGAGGGCUAUAGAACUCAGCAGAAGAGCAGCAGCCACUGGAGAUGGCGAGGCUUUUGGAAGUGUCAUUGUGAGAGACGACAAGAUUAUAGGAGAAGGCUGGAAUCACAUCAAAGUACGCCAUGAUCCCACUGCACAUGGAGAAGUAGAGGCCAUUCGUAACACGUGCUCGGCACUGAAGACGCUACAUCUCACGGGAGCCGAGAUCUACACGAACUGUGAGCCAUGUAUCAUGUGUGCUGCUGUGAUACAGUAUGCUGGAAUAGUCAAAAUUUACUAUGGGACCACAACAGAUGAUAUUUCUCCCCACUUUGAGGAUGAAGUGGGAUGUGUAGAUGUGAAAGCCGUGGCAGACGACCUUAGAAAACCGACCAAUCAGAGAAGGAUCCCUGCAGAACAACUGCUGCCUGAUGAAGCUAUUAAAGUUUUUGAUGAAUUUCACCCAAAAAAGGCAAAAUCUUAAGCAAACUUAUAUGCUUUGGCAUGC